AUGGAAGAACUUACAGUGGAACGGGAUGAAAAACACAGUACUGCAGAAUCAUCGAGCGCAGUUCAAUCCGAUCAACAGAACGACCUUAUCUCAGAGCAGUCCGACGUCCUUAUGACUGCGAAAGGUGUCACUACGCCAACGCUCAUCUACAAGAAAGAGUACGCGGAAACGCGGAUACAAAAAAGUGUCAAAAAUAAACACGUGCCUCCCGUCUGUCAGGAUGGGGAAGAAGUAGGAAGGGUUCGAAGAAUAUGCAAGUGGUUUGAAAAGCGCAUUGCUGGAGACGGAGGUCAUGUGGGCAGGGUACGAAGUAUAUCUAAAUGGUUUGAAAAGAAACACCGCCGUGAAUACAGUGAGGGUCGUUCCUUCAGUCAAACUAGGAAAAUAUAUGACAGAAAAGGAACAUGUGCGGGAUGA